AUGUCAUCAUCAUCCUCAUCAUCGAGUCACUCUCCUCCGUGUGCAGCGUGCAAGAUUCAGCGAAGAAAAUGCACACGAGACUGCAUUUUCAAACCGUAUUUUCCUUCCAACAAUCCUCAAAAGUUUCUCUACGUACACAGAGUGUUCGGUGCUAGUAAUGUCGCAAAGAUACUCAACGAGGUGAACGAGUCGCAACGUGAAGACACAGUGAGUUCUCUCGCUUAUGAAGCUGAAGCGCGUUUGAGGGAUCCUGUUUAUGGUUGCGUCGGUCUUAUUUCGUCGCUUCAGAAUAAACUCAAAAGCGUUCAGAAUGAACUGAAUGAUGCAAAGAAGAAUCUUGCUUCUUAUAUUGGGCCUCAGGCUUAUCUUCCUUCUCCGCCUUCGCCGCCGCUUCCGCCUGCUAUGGUGAAUCCUUUUUAUACUCAGCAACUGCGUCCAGAUGUUGGUUUUACAUAUAAUGGUGAUAAUAGCUUUCAAGCGCAAUCUUUUCAUCAUCCGAUGAUGGUUUCUUCACAACAGCUACCACAACAAUUCCAUAACGGGUUUUGCUCCAAGAAGGUUUUCAAGACCGAAAGACGGAACCUUUGA